UUGCGUCUCACCUGUCGCGUCUCGACGAUUUUGCUCGUGGCGCAAACAGUCAAUCGAACGCGAUACCAUGAUCGAACAGGAGUCCUCGGUGAACUCGUUCUACGCUGGUCAGAGCGUACUAAUCACAGGGGGUACCGGUUUCCUUGGGAAGCUGUUGAUUGAAAAAUUGCUCCGAACGUGCACGGAAAUCAAGUGUAUUUACGCGUUGUCGCGGCCGAAGAAGGGCGAGAAUGCACAACGACGUUUCGAAAGAAUAUUCGAGGGUGCUGUGUUCGACCGUCUCGAAAAGGAGGUACCGAAGUAUCAGCAAAAAGUUCGAGUGAUCUCGGGCGAUUGUAUGCUGCCUGGAUUAGGAUUGUCUGCCUCGGAUGCAGAUUUAUUAACGCGAGAAGUCUCCGUAGUGUUUCACGUGGCUGCCACCGUUAGGUUCGACGAAGAACUGAGGAAAGCCAUAGCGGUGAACGUCGGAGGAACGAAAGAGCUGAUGGAACUCUGCAAACGUAUGCCAAAUUUGCGGGUCGUGAUGCACGUUUCCACCGCGUACAGCAAUUGCACUCGCGAGGACAUCGGCGAGAAGUUUUAUCCAGCACCCAUGUCCGAAGACGAAGCGAUGCAAUUGGCGCAGAAUUCCGACGACGAGUCGAAUGAUUUAGCGAAAACCUUUCUCGGUCCCUAUCCAAACACUUACGUUUAUACAAAGUGCAUCGCGGAGCAGUUGGUACGAACAUACGGGAAAGAGUUACCUGUUGGAAUAUUCCGACCCUCUAUAGUCGUCUCUACGUACGAGGAACCAUUGGUGGGGUGGGUGGAUAACGCGUAUGGCCCCACAGGGGCACUCGCGGCGGCUGGUAUCGGCCUUCUGAGGACCAUGAACAUGGACAAAGAUUGCAUAGCAGAGCUAGUUCCUGCAGAUUACACUGUUAAUGCUCUUAUCGUGGCUGCUUGGACAGUCGCGACGAAAUAUUCUAAGGGCCAAACGAACGAUCCACCGAUCUAUAACUACCACUCUUCGUGGGGCAAUGGUAUCACUUGGGGUCAGUACAUGAACUUGGCUAUGAAACACGGAAAAGAAAUUCCAAGCGUACGGAGCGUUUGGUGCUACACCUUUACAACCGCGAAACGUAUGUACGCGUAUUUUAUUUUGACCGCCAUCCUUCAUCUGCUACCAGCCAUGAUCAUCGACGCCAUGCUGAUCCUCACUGGCAGAAAACCUAGAAUGUUGAAAAUUUAUAGAAAAGUGCACAAGUUCAGCGCGGUGACCAGUUACUUUGGUAUGCGCGAGUGGAAGUUUUCCUACGACAACACCAAGGCACUUUGGGACUCCCUAGGGCCGAAAGAUCGAGCAUUGUAUAAGUUCUCGAUGAAGGAGUUCGAUUGGAACGAUUUCAUGUACAAAUCCGUGCGUGGAUUAAGAUUAUACAUUUUAAAAGACGAUCCGAGCACUAUACCUCACGCUAAACUUCGAAUGGCCAGAUUCGCCAUUAUCCACGGACUCCUCAAGUAUACCGCGUUGUGCAUCAUGAUUUGGCUCUUUUAUCGCGCGGCGUGCAGACUUUCCGACGUCUUCGUUGCCAAUAAUAACGCCAUUGCCGAUACCGUUUUGAUGUCGUCGAUUCUCUGACGAUCGCAUAAUCAGGCUAGACACUUAACUUUUACAAUAAUCUACAUCAAUACGUUAUGUAUAUAUACAAGUUGUUUUCUAUGUUUACUGUAUAUAUUUCGCUAUCGUGCACGUCGAACCACAUAUUAAAAACAAUGUAGGAUACCGAGACAACGUAUAAAACAAUAGGAAUCGUCUCCAGAUUUUUACAACUCAACAGAGGGCUUGUGAAUGUACAAUAAAUCACACAAGUUCAAUCUUAAAUACAAGCUUAUACUGACGGUUCAACCUUUAGCUUGGCGCCAUUUUGAAAGAUAAAACUUGUCCCUACAAAUUAAUUAACUGUGUUUUGUAAUAUGAGUUUCUAGAUUUAUUAUUAGAUAACGAUUUUGAUUAAUAAACAAAGUUAAUCCGUU